UAUAUCAACACUGUGUAGAGUCCAUUCGGCUGGGUUGCUAGAAUGUCGAAUGAGGGCGACAUAAAAUUUAUAAAGUGUGUGGUUGUAGGGGAUGGGGCGGUGGGUAAGACUUGUAUGUUAAUGAGCUACGCCACUAACAAGUUCCCCACGGAAUACGUGCCCACUGUGUUCGACAAUUAUGCAGUUAAUGUGAAAGUAAAAGAACAAGAUUAUCAGCUAGGACUGUUUGACACUGCGGGUCAGGAAGAAUAUCAGGGUCUUCGUCUCUUGUCAUACCCAGGAACUCAUGUUUUUCUCAUGUGUUUCUCUGUUGUGAUGCCAGAAUCCUUGAAAAAUUUAGAACUAAAAUGGAUUCCUGAAGUGAGACACCAAGUGCCGGAAGCAGCCUACAUUUUAGUGGGUACACAAGUUGACUUAAGAGACGAUGAAAAAAUAGGUCAAAAGCUACAAAAACGGCGACAAAAACCAGUGACGUUAGAAGAGGGACAAAAAAUGGCGAAAAAGUUCAAUUGUGACUGUUAUGUAGAGUGUUCAGCAUUAACACGACAAGGCUUAAAGGACGUCUUUGACGAAGCCCUUAUAGCAGUGUUAGAUCCGAAAGUGAAGAAGAAAGCGUCGUCAGGCAGAAGAUUUAAGUGUGCAAUUCUGUGAUCAAGCUUUUUUUCCGUGACGUCUCUUAGAAUAUAAGGAAGUUCCCUUGACUUCCGUGUAGCUGGUUUAACAGUGCUAAGACUAAAGAAUAGAAGUAAUUUCAGAAAUACUUCUAGUGCCUUGUUCAUAUGCAGUAGAAUAAGCAAACUUAAAGAAAACGAAACAGAAAUGUCGAUUAUUUUGACAUUUUAAUAUAUUUGAACGUUAUUCAACUCUAAAUAAUAUAUACGCGAUUGUCUUCAGAAGAUAUACAUUCGAUGUGUUUGAAAUGUUCACAGAAUUUACUUAUUUGAAUAAUCGUAAACAUAAAGCUUGUUUAAUUAAAGAGCAAACACUAAAAGAAUUGGUGCAGUACAUAUAUACAUUGUCUCGACCAUUGACAGAAUCUUAUACUAAUUUUUGUAUAAUAAUAUUUUAUAAUAUCUUGAUCAGUAUUUCUAUUUAAUGCUUUUUUUUUUUUUUUUUUUUUUUUUUUUUUUUUUUUUUUUUUACACUUGAUUGUUAUGAAACCCUCUAGUUUGGCCUGUGUACAUCCAUUCUGUGUAUGCCUUUGUCUUCCUUUCUUUCCUUGCUGACUUUGUUAUGUUUUUUUCAUAAUUUAUGAAGUGUUCAAUUUUUUUUAAAAAUUUUUAUGAAUAUUGAUGUUAACAAUGUACAGAUUUUACUUAAUUAUAAUUCAAUUUUAAAUUAAAUUAUGUAAAGUUA